GUCAACUUCUCUUCGCCACCUCGAACUACAGAAUCGCCACCGCUCGUGCAGCAUCUUUGUCAUUGUCAUCGACCUCCUUUAAAGGCUUUGCUCCCCUUCUGCGACUCAGCCAGGUCUUGCCUCAAUCGCUGUGACCUCUCGGAUUCUACCAAAGGCUUCAAGGCGGUGCCAUCCGUCUAUCGCCACGGAACGAAUUGUCAAAAUGCCGGACGACAGGCCUGUGCCUCCUAACAGCGGUGAAUCCGCUGCCGCUGCCACAGAAAAAGCUUUGGAUCCCGCACCCGCGGCCGGCUCCGCCUCUGCUACGAACACUCGCGACUGGACUCGGCACGACUAUGCUUACCUCUUGCGUCUGAUGGUCCGUCAGCUCGACGUCAAUGAGGCCGGCAUGAAGAUCAGCACAGAGUUUCCCCGCUAUGCACACAACUUCGCCAUCAACGAGAAUCCUCCUCCCAGCCGCGAAGACAUCAUCAUGAGGUGCAAGCUCUUGCAGGAUGAGGCAGCUCGAUACGCAGUGGCUCUUUCGAAAGUACCGGCCCAGACCUCUCUCUGGCUGCCGUCCGAGGCCAUCUCGAGUGAAGAAGCCAACGUGCAGUCAGUGGCUACGGCAGACAUCGUCACACAGCAGAAGAAUGUGAGCAUCAACGAGAGCCGCAAGAAGAGGAAGAAGAGCAAGAGGAGCUCGCGCAGCACCAGCUCGCCAGACAAUACGACCCAAGGAUCCAUUGAUGUUCAGAUAAAGCGCAAGCGUCUUCGCGUCCGAGGGGCAACGAAGGGUACUCGCGUCAGCUACGUGCCCUCAGAUGGUACCAUUCAUAUUGACUUCUGAGCGAGCGAGAGGAGAGUCCGGGCCUGAAAGUAAGCCCUACGUCGCAGUAUGAAGCUUCAGCCCUCAAUGUCUUGUUCACCUGUUCGAGCCUCUGCUUCUGUCUGUGUAAUUUCAGCUAGCCCAUCCACUCAACUGGAGCACCAGCGCCAUUGACGGCUGUGCGUCACAGAUGUUGUGCGCUCUCGUGCUAAUGUUUGGACUCAACACUGUACUGUACAGUCAUUGCUCGACAGCGAUCAGAAUCAUGAUGGAAGAUGCUGGGACAGACUGAGGAGAUCAAAUGGAGAUGUC